AUGGAUUCUUCAUUUUCAAGUGAUUCAAGUUUUAUAACAGAUGGAUCUCAAAUUAUUUCAUAUAACUUGAAAUCAGAUUCAUCCAAUCUUUCGACAACCCUUUAUAACAAUUUUAUAGAUUUAGCAACUGAUUCAACUGAAAAUAUAAAUUCAACAAUUACCUCCUCAGAAACUACAAAUUUAUCGAAUAUUUUAGCUAAUGCUACAAGCUCAACAAUUACUUCAAAUGAAAAUUUUUCUAACAAUAAA